AUGUACACCGGAAUGUUCCCCGGAAUGGUCUUCCCCGGAAUGGGCAGGAAUGGAGUUCCCCGGAUUUAUUUAUUUUCGAUGAAUAACAAACAAUGCUUGUUUGGCAAACAAUGCUCACCAAACAUACUCUCUCCUUCCACCACCACCACCACCACGCUCAUCACCGCCGCCAACGCCACGCCAUCGCCAUCACCCAUAGCUACCACCGCCCACGUCACUCGUCAAUUACCCAUGGCCACGACGACCAGUAAAAUCGACCACAACACCAUUCAACGACAACGCGGCGAUGCCACGUCACAAAACAACGAGCACCAGAACCCACGAAAACACCCAACGCCCACGAAAACAAUGCCCCCGGACACAAAACCACACCCAACGGACACAAAACAAUGCCCACCACCCACGUACACCGCCAGCACCCACGAGAACCAUACCCCACCCACGAAAAAACCCCACCGCCCACCAAAAAACACGAGCGCCCACCGAAAAACAUGCGCCGCCCACCGAAAAACAUGCGCCGCCCACCGAAGAACACGCGCCGCCCACACGACACACGACGGCACCACGCCGCUUACCAAAACCACCAUGUACACGCCAACGCCGCCCACAACGAUGCCCCCAACGGCAACCAGCACCCACGACGAUGGCGACGGCGAUGACAACACCCCCGACAACGGCAACGACAACACCCACGAAUAA